AUGGAGACGGUGUUCCUGGUGGCCUUAGCAGCGGCGGCUCGAUCAUCUGAGAUUCAAGCCAUUGAUGCCACGCAGUCGGAUAAGGAAAUCGGGAAGAAUAACAUUGGCAUUGGUUCCGAUCCUCAUGAGAAAGAUGGACUUCCACCGCCAUCUCGGUUUAGUCCCAAUUUUGUUCGAGCAGUUGCGGCGACCAUGGCCAUGCAUGCUUACAUCUCUGUGUUGGACAUCAUGCGAGGCUGUUUCUGGGCUGGAGACACCACCUUCGCCAACCACUACCUUUGGCAUUUUGCGCCUGAGGAUCUGGAUGGGCUGUACUCCCUGGGUCCCCUAGCCUUUGCUCAACACACUGGUGCACAAGGGAUGUCAAAAGUUUCAUGUUCUACCCCGAAUGAUCCGGCUUCUAAACCCCCUGUCUACAGUAAACCAAGACAGAAGAUCGCCCAUGUCAACCCUGUUCCAAAACCCUCACGACAAGGAAUAGAAUUGGGCGAAUUGAGACUCGUACUGCUAGGUAAAACUGGAGCGGGAAAGAGUGCAACAGCAAACACAAUACUAAAUGAGAAGGUUUUUGACUCAAAAUUAUCUAUGUCCUCGGUUACCGAAAAAUGCCAGUUUAUUCAUCUCGAGGUGUUUGGCAAGACCAUCCAGAUUGUUGAUACUCCCGGGUUAUUUGACACCAAUACAAAGAAGGAGGUUAUUGAUACGGAAGUUAAGAAAUGUAUUGCACUUUCGGCUCCAGGACCACAUGUCUUCUUGUUGGUUUCAUCCUUAACCAACAGGUUCACCAAAGAAGAAGGAAAGGUUUUUGACGAAAUUGACGACAUGUUUGGGGAACAUGUGCUCAAGUACAUGGUCAUUGUCUUUACUGGAAGAGAUCAAAUUAAACCUAAAACAGUUGAGGAACACAUUCAAGGCGCUCCAGACAAAUUAAAGCAAAUUCUAAGUAAUACUGGUAGCGGAUAUGUCACCUUAAACAACAGAGGCGACGCAUCUGAAAAAGAAGCUGAUGUAAAAUGCCUUUUAGAACGCAUCAAAGAAUGGAAGGAAGCAUUUCACAUCGAAGAUGUUUCAAGAGGCAGAGGAAAUUAUACAAGAGAGGAUCCUGAGAGAUAG